AUGGUCUUCGGGCGUCGCAAGAGAAGUGCCUCUGCCCAUCAUCAGCCACUCUCCACACCUGCCGCGCACUCUGCCCAGUCCGCCGCCAGCCAUGCAUUCUUAAAAUCCCAACCCUCCACAGUCAGCUUGUCCUCCGCCGCGGCGGCAACAGCGCUCCGCAACUGCACACCCACCCCGACCCCCAUUGAAAAUGUGCAGACAAAACGAAUGGUCCAGCGGCGCACCUCGAUCCAGUCGCAGGCCAACCCCGUUAACGGUCGCCGCUCGGCCAGCGUGAGUGCCACGCUGCGCCGCUCCAGCAGUAAUAGUUCGAUGAGCGCACGCACCUUUCGCGACCAAUCCCCCCAUCGCCCAGCUACCAGCUCCGGACCCGUCGGGCCAGGGGCCAUUCCCGUCGAUGUGCCUCCGUUACCUACUCUCCCGACGAAGUUUUCGCCGCGGAAACUGCCGAACCGACGAGCGGUGAGUAUGGAGCCGUCGAUGCGUUCCUCCCCAUCGUCUUCGCCGCGCUCUGGGGUGAGGGGUGUGGAUCGGGAACAUGGGCGAGGGCCUCCGAUUCAGCCAACCACGUAUCAACGGGUGACUAGUCUUGGGACCGUUCCAGAAAUGGAACGGUCGACGAGUCGGAAUUCAGUGAAUUUCUCAUACCCAAUGGGUUCGCGACCUACCUCGCCGAUGACGAUGUCUGAGAGCAAUCCGAUGAGCCUUCACGAUGCUAUUCAAGAAUCGAUUGCUGAGGUAUCUGACAAAUUGCCAAAGGGGAAGCCUAAAGCACAGCGAUCUGGCAGUCUAGAGGAAAGCCCUGUUGUAAGCAAACAUGUUCCUUUGGCUGGCACCGCAGAUGCUACUGCCCAAUCGGUUGGCGUGCCCAUGAACAGGCCGAGUGCGAAUGGUCGAACUGGGAAGGUUCACAAUUCGCUUAUAGAGCCCGAUUCUCUGGACCAAUAUACCGGUAGCGCGGUGCCUGUUGUGGCUAACGUAGAAGCUGAACACCCAUCCUCACGAGCUCUUCCUGAGCGGUGGCCAUCCACUGUUCGGGAAGAAGAAGAGCCCGAAGACAAUACGAAUGUCGAAGAUACCUCUGAACGGCAAAGCAGAAACCGGAUGACGAGUGCAUCGCCAACUACUGAUCACGUAGAGUCAGCGCCAGUGCCCUCAUCGCCCUCGUCGGAACUGCAAAUAAAGCAGCCACACCGUCAGUCAAGCAGCCCAGGUCGAACUGCACGUUUUUCCAGAUUGCUCUCUGUAGCUGGAGCCGGUGAUCAAGUUCACGAGCCUCCACUCAGAUCAGUAUCUCCUGUCAAAUCAGCCUUGAAACACUCAAGAGGAACCUCUUUAUCGCCUGAUAGGAGGCUUGGGCCAACUGGCCGCGUCCUACCACCGAGCGAGCUGUCAGAUGGUACAUCAGUGGCUUCAGACGAAGGAUCCCGGAUUGAUACCCGGAAAAAGUCUGUCAAGGUCAGUUUCGAUGAUGAGGCUGAGGUUGUCAAUGUACCAGCCAGCCCUCCUACCUCGCCGGAAGACUAUACGCCUGAUUCCCCGCCCGGCGGUAAAGCCAAAUCUCGUAUGGGUUGGCUUGGUGUUGGCAAAAAGAAGUCGCACGCGGAGUUUACGAGUGACGAUGACUGGGAUGUAGUCAUAAAACCCCGGCAAGUUCUUCCAUCUUUCGGUAGCAUUCGGGGGACCCGAGGCGGUGCCCUCAAGAGGUCGCCAAUCCCAGAUUUCAGUGACAAUGAGUCCAGCUCUUCGUCUGCAUCUGAUGUGGCACCAAGGCCGGAUAUGUCGCUCUCAAAUGAAUACUUCCGGCCACACAGCUUGAGCGUUCUGGAGCAGUUGUCUGUCAACCGCACUUCGCAUACUCCGAAUUUGUAUACCAAGCCAGGGGCCAAAGGAGAGACCAUAGUCACGGAUGACGUCAUUGAGAAACAGCCGUACUCCAGCAUGCGCUCGGAAUUGUCUGUGCCUGCUAUUGCUGUCGAGCCGGCUACGCCCCCGGCAGAUGGAACUUGGCACAGUGUUGACAAGAAGAGAUCUAGCAUGGACCAGUAUAGGAUUCCGGGCGGGUUCCCUCCCUCCAACUCAGACCGCAGUCUCAAUUCGACUGCGAAGAAGACUAGACCCCAGGCCGCGGCGAGCCCCGUUCCAAAUCCGGAAGACGUGGAUACUGAGGAGGAGUCCGGUGAUAGCGUCUACAGCGAUGCAGCGGAAGAUAUGGAAGACAUGGACGGUGAUGGCUUUGGGUCCAUCAAUGCUAUUGUCGACAGCCGGUCAGCCCCUAGGUCGGCGCCGACCGAGGAGAAUGCAAGUGAAUCUCGGGACGCUACACCGAGGCCUAUCGGUCGAGCCGCCAUCGUGGAUAGUCAGUCACAAGAUGUGACAGAUCAAGCACUUGAGGAGGAGCGCUCCGUGACACCGACUCCAACCUCGGUCAACCGCCUGGUAGAGCAAUCCCCUGCUUCUUCUGUUGGCCAUGGAUUUGGUUUUGCAAACCCGCCAGGGCCACUCCAGUUGGAAACUCGCAACGCCACCGCUCAACAUGGCAGUCUUCAAGCACAGCCUCCAACGCGAACCCGGGCCGUGUCGGUGGAUGUGAAUGGCACGUCUAGUAUGCAGGAUCCUCGGCGGCCAAGCAACGAUACUUCUCCGCGAGGUGGCAAGGCUAAACCGCGUCCACUGUCUCUGUCCAUUACUCCGAAUUUCCAGAAUGUAGGAGGACAAACAGGUAUCCCUGUCACUCUGCGCCGGCAAUUGUCAAAUGGAAGUGAUUCCUCCAGCAGCUUCAAACGCACUUCUCCGCGCGGAGAUCGCCAUUCCAUGCGACGGACACUGAGAGCCGGUGCUGCUAGUACUAACGUCCGCGUCCAAUCGCCAACGCAGCGCAACGACUCUCCCCUUGAACAUCGUCCUCUUUCAUCCGGCUCCUCGAAUGGGACAAUGCGGAAGACUCUUCGAGGACCUACUGGAGCUGAGCGAUAUUCGUUCUUCUCGACAAACAAGAAGGCACCGCCGAGAGCGAAGUUCACCAAGGCGCCCCCUAAGACGGCGCGUCCAACUCGGUUCGAAAAUUCAGAUGACGAGGAUGAAGCUCGGCCCCAGGUCUUCACCAGUCGAUUCGCAGAUUCCAGCGAUGAAGAUGAGCUUGGAAACAAUAAGUUACGCCCUGUCCGCGGUAUCCCACGUCGCCAAGGUGCCGACGACGGUGACUCAACAGAGUUGGACGAUAGUUCAGAAGAAAGCCCUCAGCAGCAAGCGCCACCAGUUUUUGCAUCCCAGCCAGUGCCCUCUUCGCCAGGUUCCCGCGGAAAGAAUGGAAUCAGUAUGUCUGGAAUGGCAGCUGUGGCCAAACGACGUGGCAUGUCGCAGAGGGACUUGGAGGAGUUCAUUAUGACGCCUCCCCGUAGUCGGAAGCCAGGACUCCUUGCCCGACUUGGCAUCAAGAAACCCAAGAACUCUGACCAUAGAGUUCCCGAAGCUGAAGUUGAAAGCUCCUCGCGAAGAGAGACACCCCUAGAGCGGUCGCGUAUGGACCUCGAUCAAUUACGCAACGAGGGCAUGGUGAAUGGGAACCACGGCGUCACAACAACCACCGUGUCUGCCGGAAAUUCGGAGCCGACUCGUCCGUCCAAGUUGGUGAAGAGAAAUUCUCAACGCCGGUCGACAGGACCAGACUCUUGGCCCCUCCACCCCAAUGGCAAGGAAGAAGAGCCUCUCCAGGUAGUCGUGGAACAGCCACACAGCGCCCCGUCGUCUGUUCUCCGGACGCAGGAUUCCGCACCGCCGAUUGAUGGUGCAGGUGCAGCACACAAUGGAAGCGUCAUUGUCAAUGGCAAUGCCACUCACUGUGCAUCUCCGACUCCGAAAGAGACCGAGGCACCCCGCGACAGACCAGAUCCGAAAAUUGACACCACCCCUGAAAUCACGAACCCCGAUGACAAUAAGAUUUCGGCGCGCGACGUCGUGAUCGCUGGGUCGGGACGAAAGAAACGAUUUCCCCUUCUUCGGAAGGCAUUCGGGCUGCGCGAUUGA